AUCUGUGGUAGUACUAGCGCCGCAUCGACGUAACCAGUGCAAACAGUUUUACGAAUAAUCGCUUUUCCGCUAGCAUGCACCUAGUAUUAGUUUCAGUGGACGACCCAUUUAUGUUGCGUGCCUUGAUCAGUAAAACAGCUAGCUGUUAGUGUUAUAGUAACCGACAAUGUCGACUAAAUUAAGAGAGGUAUGCUGCGAAAGAAAAAGAAAUCUUCACGAAUAUCCACUCGUCCGGGACUUCCUGGCAGAAGCUCUGGGAACCUUCAUCUUGUUGGUGUUCGGGCAGGGUUCCGUGGCUCAGUUCGUGCUCAGUGGCGGCCAAUCGGGAUCGAUGAUGUCAAUCCACUGGUCCUGGGGGAUCGGCGUAAUGAUGGGAGUCUAUGUCGCCGGUGGAAUCUCAGGCGGCCAUUUAAAUCCCGCUGUUACGAUAGCCCAGGCGUUCCUCGGUCGACUCUACUGGAUAAAGGUUCCAGUCUACAUUAUUGCACAAUAUGUCGGCAGCUUCCUUGGUUCUCUUUGUGUUUAUCUCGUGUAUACAGAUGCGUUAAAUGCGUUUGACGGCGGGGUUAGGACGGUGGACCCCCCUACUGGAACUGCCGGAAUCUGGUGUACAUUCCCUCGACCCGAGGUAUCCACUUGGAAUUGUUUUGGUGACCAGGUAUUUUCUACUGGCAUUCUUCUCAUAUGCAUCAUGGCAAUCACCGAUAAGAAAAACAUGGCGCCAGCAUCCGGUCUCGCUCCAAUCAGUAUCGGUUUCGUGGUGUUCGUCAUAGGCAUGACGUUUGGUCACAACUGUGGUUACGCCAUAAACCCUGCACGUGACCUGGCUCCGCGAAUCUUCACCUUGAUGGCUGGAUGGGGUACCGGCGUAUUUUCGUAUCGCAAUUUCAACUAUUUCUGGGUGCCUGUAAUGGGUCCACACAUUGGCGCGAUACUCGGCUGUUUUAUAUACAAGUUUUGCGUGGGCUACCACUGGCCUGACGAAGGUGUUAUCAAAGACGAAGCGGAAGAAAUAAUGCUGAACGACUGUGAAGGUUCAACUGUUCGCCCAGCUGAUGAAAUCGAUGGCGACGUACACGAAUAUCACGCUUAACGCAUACGAUUAUACGAGAAGUGACGAAGACGAAUAUCACGCUUAACGCAUACGAUUACACGAGAAGUGACGAAGACGAAUAUCACGCUUAACGCAUACGAUUACACGAGAAGUGACGAACACGAAUAUCACGCUUAACGCAUACGAUUACACGAGAAGUGACGAACACGAAUAUCACGCUUAACGCAUACGAUUACACGAGCAGUGACGAACACGAAUAGACAGAGACAGAUGUACGAACACGCAGUGACGUACUGACGUCCACGAGCUACAUGUUGCGACAGAUGCCAUGUUACAUGUACGCACGGACGUAGGAAGGUGCCAAAAAGUGUUGGGGAGGGGCACACACACACACACACACACACACACACACACACACACACACACACACACACACACACACACACACACAAAUACAUGUAUAAAUAUAUACAUGUAUAUAAACCAUCGCUGCUACUACAAAGUGGGAGACACGCCCCCUUGCCCGCUUCCUACGCCAGUGCAUGUACCCGACACAACAGGAGUCAUAUCGAAUGGAGUUUAUUCCGGUGAAAGCUAGAAAGCACAAACAAAAGCUGAGUGGAUGGCAUUGAUAAGAGGCAGUUUAGGACCAGGGCAUUCCCCGGUUAGGUCAUCUAGAUGGAUCGCCCAAACACCGACACCACCGAGUCCCUUAGACACAGCCCAGCGAACCUACGGAAGAAAGGAAUAUUAAACUGGAUCAGCAGGAACCUGUAAACAAAGGACGUUUAUAGAAGGUUCUUUACGUUAACCCUUUUGUUUUCGAAUUCAAACUGUUUAAUUAAGCACAACUAAAUUAAAGCUGUGUAGAAUGGUUGUGGAAAUAAAGUUUUCAAGUUCUU